AUGCGGGGAUCCCCGGAUGCAGUGUUUCGCAAGAUCGCCGGAUGUGAUGUUUUCGGACUUCCGCCUUGGGAGCCCGAGGUGUCACUGCUUCAUCUGAGAGGGCCACCUACCCUCUUGCUCACACUCCUGCCUGCUGCACUCACAAGAGUCAUCAUGUCUCACAGUCAGAAGAGACAGCACUCCAAGUCUGAGUAUCACCUUUGUUCCCAAAGAAACAAACAGGGCCUGGUGGAUACAGAGGUCCCUGCAGCCGGGAAGAGGAAGGCCACUUCCUCCUCUUCCUGUCUUCUGAUCCCAGGCACCUCUGAGGUGUCUGAUCCUGGAGCCUGCUCCUCAACUGCUCUUGCAGCCGCUUCAACGAGCACACCAGGUGAGGGAUCCAGAUACAAAGAAGAGGAGGUUCCAAGCACCUCACGUAAGUCACCAGAAUCUGAGGCCUUGCUCGGUGAUACGCUAGACAAGAAGGUGGUUGAUUUGGUGCAGUUCCUGAGUGUCAAGUAUAUAACAAAGAAGCCCAUCACAAAGGCAGAGAUGCUGAAGAUGGCUGGCAAAGAGUACGAGGACCAAUUCCCUGUGAUCUUCAAGAAAGCCUGCGAGUGCUUGGAAGUGGUCUUUGGCAUUGACGUGAAGAAAGUGGACCCUGCCAGCCAUUCCUAUGUCCUCACCAAAACGCUAGACCUCACCUACGACGGGAUACUGAGUGAUGACCAGGGCAUCCCCAAGACCGGCUUCCUGAUACUUAUCCUGGGUGUGAUCUUUAUAGAAGGCAACCGUGUCCCUGAGGAGAAGCUAUGGGAGGUGCUGAAUAUGAUUGGGGUAUAUUCUGGCACCAAAGAUUUCCUCUAUGGAGAGCCCAGGAAGUUCAUCACCAAAGAUUUGGUGCAGGAAGGGUACCUGGAUUACCAGCAGGUGCCCAACAGUGAUCCUCCCUGCUAUGAAUUCCUGUGGGGUCCAAGAGCCUAUGCAGAAACCAGCAAGAUGAAAGUCCUGAAGUUUUUUGCCAAGGUCAAUGGGGUUGAUGCCAGUGCCUUUCCACCCUGGUAUGAGGAGGCUUUGAGAGAUGAGGAAGAGAGAGCCCGGGCCAGAAUUGCUGCCACAGGUGGUACCACUGCCACGGCCACUUAAAGUUCCAGUGCUGCCUCCAUUAGCUUCUCCAUCCCCAAGCGAAGAAUGAAGCAGAUUUGUCUUGUUCUAUAUGGGUGA